AUGGGGUCCCCCAACCCAGACCUGGAGCCAACCACCAGCGACAACCCAUCAUCGCCGCCGCCUCCGCCCUCCACCUUCCACGGCCGGCUGCAGCUCACAGACUUCAUGUACCAGCCCGGAGACACGCCCGCGCUCCGGCGCAGCCCUCGGCACGCCUCCGCCGCUGUGCCCACCCGCAGCACCUCCUCCUCGCCCGUGAAGCGCGCACGCUCCCGCAGUCCCGCCUCCCCCAAGAAGAAGAAGAAGAAGAAGCGAGCAUCCUCUGGCUACGCGCCGCCGUCCACGUACGCGCACCUCCCUCUCCUCCCCGACGCCCUACUCCCGGACCUUCUCGUGCUCUUCGUCGGACUCAACCCGGGCCUACAAACCGCGCGCACCGGGCACGCCUACGCGCACCCGACCAACACCUUCUGGCGCCUCCUACACGCCUCUGGCGCCACGCCGGAGCUCUGCGCCGCCGAAGACGACGCCCUCCUGCCCGCGCGCUUCCGCCUCGGCCUGACCAACAUCGUCGGGCGCCCGAGCCGCAACGGCGCGGAGCUCAGCCGCCGCGAGAUGGACGACGGCGUCGCAGUCCUGGAGGCCAAGAUCCGCGAGUACAGGCCCGAGGCGGUCUGCCUGGUCGGCAAGGGCAUCUGGGAGAGCGUGUGGCGCGUGCGGCAUGGCGGCAGGGCGGUCGGGGAGCGGUUCAGGUACGGAUGGCAGGAGGAAGAGGAGAACAUGGGCGUGGUGGAGGGUGAGUGGGCUGGUGCGAGGGUGUUUGUGGCGUCGAGCACGAGUGGCCUGGCGGCGACGCUGUCGCCAGCGCAGAAGUUGGAGAUUUGGAGCGAGUUGGGAGCUUGGGUCAAGAUGCGCCGGGCCGAGCGUGAAGUGGCAGCCGAGAGAGAGGCCGCUGCGAGUGUUUGA